GUCUACAGCUGAUCCCGGCUUUGAAUUAACAGUUUUGUUUUCUUCCUUUUUCUUCGUGUGUUUUCAAGUCUGAAGUCGGGUAAGCGAGUUAUAUUAUUCCCCUUCCUCGUGAUCUAUGGCUGCGGAAGGCCUGUGUCACUCACAAAAUGAGUGAAUCUCGUAUGGAAUUUCGGUUGAAGAACACUCCGAGUGACUGUAUUCAAAGUGUCAAGUUUGGGCCUUCAUCUUCACAGUUCCUUCUAGUAGCAUCGUGGGACAAAAGUGUUCGCCUUUACGAUGUCGUCAAUAAUAACAUGCGGUUACAGUAUCAGCAUACAGGCCCAGUUUUGGAUUGCUGCUUCCAGGAUGCUGUCCAUGCAUACAGUGGAGGCUUAGAUGGUCAGCUCAAGACCUUUGAUCUCAACACAAACACAGAGUCUGUGGUUGGCUCUCAUGAUGCUCCAAUCAGGUGUGUGGAAUUUUGCCCAGAAGUAAAUGUUGUGAUCACAGGAGCUUGGGAUUCCAACAUCAAACUCUGGGAUCCGCGUGGACCACGGGAAGCUGGUACUUUCCAACAGCCAAAUAAGGUGUACACCAUGGGCCUUGGUGGAGAAAAGUUGGUAGUGGGAACAUCCAAUAGAAAAGUGAUGGUUUGGGAUCUGAGGAACAUGGGCUUCGCUCAGCAGCGCCGAGAAUCUUCUCUCAAAUACCAGACUCGCUGCAUUCAGUGCUUCCCCAACAAACAGGAGCGGGGCUAUGUCGUGUCCAGCAUUGAGGGUCGUGUGGCCGUUGAGUAUCUUGACCCGAGCCCGGAAGUCCAGAAGAAGAAGUAUGCCUUCAAGUGCCACAGACUCAAAGAGGACGGAAUUGAGAAAAUUUUCCCCGUUAAUGCCAUAAGUUUCCACAAUGGUUACAAUACCUUUGCAACAGGAGGUUCUGAUGGGUAUGUCAAUAUAUGGGACGGCUUCAACAAGAAGCGCCUAUGCCAGUUCCAUCGUUAUCCAACUUCCAUAUCCUCCCUAUGCUUCAGCAAUGAUGGUAACACACUAGCAAUUGCUUGCUCAUAUAUGUAUGAACAAGAGGAAAUUGACCCCAUGCCAGAGGACUGUAUCUUCAUCCGUCGUGUGACAGACCAAGAGACGAAGCCAAAAUAAGGAGCCAGAGCAGACAAGGAGCUUGCAUCUUUUACAGUAAUCCCUCUGUCAUGAUGUAGCAAAGAGGGCUGUCCAUUACACGGGUCCAAUGUGUGUCGGUGGGCUCUGGGACGUUAACACUCAUAGUACCUCAAUUUUGUAUAUGGUGGUAUGUAUGUAUGCCAUUCUAUAUGAAGUGUUAGUGAAUUUUAAAGUUAUGAUUAGACCAAAUAUUUGACCAGCACUUGUUUAGUGUAGUCAGAUAAAAGGUGCUUCUUUCAUAUCUUUUAAUAGUUUUCUAUGUAUUUUAUCAGUAGCUUGGCAAUUCAGGCCUUAAUUACUUUUAAGCAAAUGGGUAAAUAUGCUUAAUAACCUCAAAAUGUCUUUACCAUUGUUUUCAAAGUUCAUUUUCAAUGGGGGAACUUGUGAAUCCUGUAUUCAUAUUCAUACAGUUUCCAGGAAGGUCUGAAGAAGAAUACCAGCUAAUGUUUAGAAGAUACUGAAUGAAGUGGGCAGAAUUUUUGUGAAUGCCUUUGUUGGUUUUAUUUUUCUCCAUGUGGAUAGUUCCUGAAUAUUGAGAGGUACAGCCCACUUUACAAGACUUUUGCAGUGUAGAUAAAUGAUUAUCGAAAUGUGUUUAUUAAUGUAUUUUUCAAUUGCAACAGUACAAAAGUGUCAGAGGUUAUUUCACAUAUUUACCACUGCUGCAUAUGCCAAAGUAUGCCUAGGGAGAAUUACAAUGUCAGCAAUAACUACAUAGAAUGGUUCCAUCCUCCUUAGAACUUGAUAGCAUUUGGAAUAAGGCCCACCGACCUCUGCCUUCUUUUUCAUGCCUCUUUUUUCCUUCUUUUGUCUCAUUCUUUGUUUCCCCAUCAUUAUGAUAUGAACAGUGUAAGUGACAAUUCUUUAACUAUCAAAGAAAAGUGUAUUCAGAAUUUCUUUAGCCAGCUUGUGGUAUAAAACAUUUUUAUCUUU